AUGUUACAGACUGGAGGAAGACAACAAUGUGAUCAAAAGUUACAGACUGUAGGAAGACAACAAGAUGAUCAUAUGUUACAGACUGGAGGAAGACAACAAUGUGAUCAAGUGUUACAGACUGGAGGAAGACAACAAGAUGAUCACAUGUUACAGACUGGAGGAAGACAACAAUGUGAUCAAGUGUUACAGACUGUAGGAAGACAACAAGAUGAUCACAUGUUACAGACUAUAGGAAGACAACAAUGUAAUCAAGUGUUACAGACUGUAGGAAGACAACAACGAGAUCAAGUGUUACAGACUGUAGGAAGACAACAAGAUGAUCACAUGUUACAGACUGUAGGAAGACAACAAUGUGAUCAAGUGUUACACACUGUAGGAAGACAACAAGAUGAUCACAUGUUACAGACUGUAGGAAGACAACAAUGUGAUCAAGUGUUACAGACUAGAGGAAGACAACAACGAGAUCAAGUGUUGCAACAGGAUUGA